GUACAAUGCUGAGGUUUGUUCCAAGUAAUUAAAAGAUGUUGAGCAGAUAUCAAGGCGAAGCAAUCAAAAUCUGUAAGUCAAAGGAAGUCAGAAAAUUCUUGCCAAGAGAAAAACAUGAAUGGAAUAGUACUGCACAAAAAAAAGAUUGACCAAACAGAAACAUUUAAAACGAACAGCAGUUGAUGUUCUUAGUCUUGACAUAAUCUAUAAGAAAUAAAAAUGGCAACAGACAAAAAGAAAGAAGUCGACAAACAGAUAAUAAAUGAAGAUAUUCCGUUGACAAAGUUUCAGAUCUUACGAAAUGUUUUCGUCGUCAGCAUCGGAUUUGUUUUUCUUUUUACAUCCUUUCAGUCGUUAACAAAUCUUCAAAGUACUCUUAACAAGGAUGAAGGGAUCGGAACAGGAGGAUUGUCUAUAAUCUAUGGAGCGCUCGUUGUAUCAUGUAUGUUCGUACCGUCGUUUGUCAUUAAUCAUAUUGGUUGUAAAUGGACCAUUGCAGCUUCUAUGAUCUGCUACAUUCUAUACAUGGCAGCCAAUUUCCAUGCCGUAUGGGGUCUUAUUGUCCCAGCAUCUAUUAUCAUAGGUCUAGGCGCUGCACCUUUGUGGUCUGCUAAGUGUACAUAUCUGACCAAGACAGCCGUCUGGUAUGCAAAAUUGACUGGAGCCACAGAAGAUGACGUCAUUAAUAGAUUUUUUGGUUUCUUCUUUAUGGUUUUUCAGACAAGUCAAAUUUGGGGAAAUCUGAUAUCAUCUGAAGUAUUCAGCCAACGACCGGAUGACGCAAAAAACUUCACCGUAUCAGCAGAGGAUCUUACACAUUGUGGGGCAAACUAUGACCCAGGUAGAGUGGUUAACAAUACCAAUCUUGAUAGACCUGAUAUUACAAAGGUGUAUACUGUGUGUGGAAUUUAUUUGGCAAGUGCCACCAUCGGAUUUUUUAUCAUUGUUAUAUUUCUUCAAAACAUACCUGUUCAUAACGUCAACGAAAAUGAAAAAGAAAAAGGCAAAUUUUCUUUUCAUUUGCUUGUUGAAACUUUUAAACAUUUCUGGAAAUCCCCAACUCAAAAGUUGUUAGUGGUUUUGACGAUGUACAGUGGUGUAGAGCAAGCAUUCAUUGCUGGUGAUUUUACUAAGUCUUAUGUAGGCUGUACUAUUGGUAUUUGGAACGUAGGAUUUGUUAUGAUUUGUUAUGGUGUUGUGGAUGCCAUUUGCUCGUUCAGCUUUGGUAGACUUGUAGAGUAUAUUGGGCAUAUACCAUUUUUUGCAUUAGCUUUCUUUGUUCAUGGCGGUACACAGAUUGCUUUACUCUUGUGGAAGCCGCAGCCAGACCCACAAUACAUAUUUUACAUAGUAGCUGGUUUAUGGGGAAUUGGUGAUGCUGUAAUACAGACACAAAUAAAUGCACUGUAUGGCUACUUAUUUACAGACAACACUGAGGCAGCAUUUGCCAAUUAUCGUUUAUGGGAGUCUGUGGGAUUUAUCAUUGCCUUUGCCUGGAGUAACUUCCUCAUUACAUAUGUUAAGUUAUACAUAUGUCUUGGAUUUCUAUGUGUCGGGAUGAUGUUGUAUAUAGUUGUAGAAGUUUACGAUAGAAGAAACAAAAAGAAAGGUUUUGACCUGAAUUGAACAUAGAAAACCAAUAAACUUGUAUCCAUUGUAUAUCCUGAAUCACGAUUUAGGACAAAUCUUAAGCAUAAUAUGAUAAAACAAUGUAAAGCAUGAUAGGUUACGAUAAUCAUAGUACUUUCGAUUGGAUGAAUGCACGUUAGGUAUUCAAGCUAUAUAUAUCAAAUUGUAUAUAUUUUUUAAUAAUAUUCAACAUCCAUGACAGCACGUUCUUCUCAUUACAACAUGACAACAUCAAAGCAAUCCAUAAGAUGACAAGCAAAACAUUUGCUGUAAUUUUUAAGUUCAUGGUUGUAAAUGUAGCAUAUCUUGAAAUCUAAGUUAUAGAGCGCGUUGAUAGUGUGCAUAUAUUAAGUAUGAAGUGCAUCGAAAACAUUUAUCUUCAUUCCAUGAUUUUACAGCACAAUAAAAUGAUAAAAAGGAGACUGCAAUAUUCUGAAAAUAUAUAAAAAAAACAACAACAAAAAAAACACUAUCGUUUUAAUGUGUUGCCCUUUUACCAGCCUUUCAUGUUUCCUCAUUAUAAUAAUAUUUUAAUUAUGAGAACUGCUUUUAUCUCAGUCAUAUUUUUACACGAUAUACACGUAUAAUUGUAACAUAUCGCUAUAUCAUAACACCGUUAUAUACAGACAUAAAUAAUUGGCCUUACUCCUUAAUCUCACCACUCAAAGUGUAUUUUUGUCUUUACACAGUUUAUUCAGUAUUGUUAUAUGAUUUUAUGUGUAUGACUAUUUCUUACUGUUUCCCAUAUAUUAUAGACGUUUGAUGUAGAUUUUUCUGAUGUCCAUUAUUUUUAAUAAACUUACAAAAGAUAA